UCAGCUGACUUUCAUUUCGAUGACCAUGAAAAUGAUUGAAUGGCAGACAACAACAAGGAAUUAGAAUCUAAGGAAGAUAAUUCCAGGGUGUCUUGUCGCGUAAAGGGACAUCAAUCACGUCUUGAUUUACAAACCAUUAAUUUACCUCGGUCAACGGGAAGAAUAAACGAAUUAACUCACAUGGCAAGCACCAAUACUCUCCCAAAUGACAUUGACAAUACUGCUGGACAGACAACAGAGGGCCCUACACCAAAGAAGACUUUGAAGAGAGUGGCAUCAUUUUACACUCCAUAUAUGGAGGAUCGCUUGAGAAGGAAACUCAAAUUCCAUUUCAUGGGGCCACAUGAAAAAUUCAAAGCUAAAAGGAAGUGUCCCUGGAAGCUUGUUCUGCAGAUUUUUAAGGUCUUUCUAGUAACAGCUCAGCUGAUUAUGUUUGGAUAUGAAAGAGCUUUAUUUGUUGAAUAUGUGGAGUUGAACAAUAUUGCCAUGAAACACAUGUACCUGCUUAAAUGGGAUCCCAGCUUUGAGACAAUGCCUUAUCCUCCAGCAACGGGGAGAUAUGCAAUCUACAGUGCUAAUGACCUUAUAGAUCAUGUCAACUUUGCUAUGAAACAGUUCAACCAUACAGAGGAACUGACACUUGGAUCACUAAGAUUUGCCAACAGAACAAAAUACCUGAACAUGUGUGUAGAGGAGUAUAGGGAGGGAAGGGUGUAUGACAAUAACACCUAUGUAUUCGAUCCCAAGGUUACCACAGAUUUGUUCAAUCUUGAGCCUGUACCUGUAUAUAAUGAAACAUCAAACAGUACAGAGCUUCAGUACGACCUCCUGGCUAUCCUGAAAAACCAGAACAGAACCUUGUAUUUUGAUAGGGUAAGUCAGGGGAGACAACAUUCCAGUAGAAAUAGAUCUUACUUCCUUAAAAUUGUGUUUGAUGACAGUAAUAAAGACGGUCAGAUGGUGGUGGGUCUUUUCUCUUCACUGGAUGAAUUCAAGUGCAGUGGGAGGUUUAAAAAUACAUCUGAUGAUGAGGCAGACAAGCUGGGACAAAUGUUUUUUGGAUUAAAACAUGCUUAUAAUGAAGAAACUGUGCAGUUCUUUAAGACCCGUUACAGGAAGGAUCUCAGUUUCUACGACAAGUUUGAGUUUGUUAAUCUCUGGUACGUUUUGAUUGUAAUUAACGACAUUCUGACUGUGGUGGGAUCAUCCUUCAAAAUUCAGCUGGAGAGGAGGCACGCCCAGAGUUCAUCAGAAAACUAUGACCUUUGUGCACUAAUGCUGGGAACUGGAAGUUUGCUGGUGUGGAUGGGAGUUAUUCGAUACAUUGGCUUUUUCAAAACUUUCAAUAUUUUGACUGUGGUGUUGAAGAAAGCCUUCCCGGACAUGAUGAGGUUUUUGGUGACGACUAUGAUGCUGUACCUUGGUUUUAUGUUCUGUGGAUGGGCUGUGUUAGGACCUUAUCACAUCAAAUUCCGUCACCUGAGUACAGCCUCUGAGUGCCUGUUUUCAUUGGUGAAUGGUGACGAUAUGUUUGUGACGUUUUCUGCCACCGUGACAGAGGACACAUUAGUCUGGUACUACAGCAGGAUCUACCUGUAUUUAUUUGUGUCGCUGUUUAUUUAUGCUGUCCUGAAUCUCUUUAUUGCUGUUAUCCUCGACACGUAUGAAACCAUCAAGGAGUACUAUGAGAAGGGCUUCCCUAAGAGUGAGUUGUUUGAGUUUAUUGAUGAGUGCGAGGAUUCUCCAGACUCGGAGCUCUACAGAGGGGAGGAUCAAACAUGUUCCUGUGGUGUAUUGUCCCUCCUCUGUUGCUUCUGUUGUAAAAAAAAAAAAUCAGGCAGCCCUUCAGAGUACACAAGUCUUCUCCACUGACCAGAAUCUGACGAUCAGCCAAUCAUUAUAAAGGAGGUGUGUCCUAAUCUGACAAUCAACAAAUCAUUAUAAAGGAGGUGUGUCCUAAUCUGACAAUCAACAAAUCAUUAUAAAGGAGGUGUGUCAUAAUCUGACGAUCAGCCAAUCAUUAUAAAGGAGGUGUGUCAUAAUCUGACGAUCAGCAAAUCAUUAUAAAGGAGGUGUGUCAUAAUCUGACAAUCAGCAAAUCAUUAUAAAGGAGGUGUGUCAUAAUCUGACGAUCAACAAAUCAUUAUAAAGGAGGUGUGUCAUAAUAUUCAUUUAGGACUCAGUAACCACAGCCUAAGUACAGGGUACUGUACUACAUAGCCUCAACCUUCAUAGACCGCUGAACAACGCAACUCAGGUCAAUAACAUUCCUAAAAUGGAUAUGUCAAGCUUUAAUUCCAUUGUAAUUGCAAUAUGACUGUUAAGUUUUGAUAUGUUGCCAAUAUCUUAUAUUUUUAUGUAGGUUGUAGUGUAUGGUGGAAAAAUGGUGCUUUUUUUAGUUUGUUCAUAAAAUGUGCCUAAGGAUUAUUGUCUACUUGCUUGUUUUAUUUGAUUGUUGUUAGAACAGUAGAUUUUGAGAUUGAAUUUACAAGUAUACAUGUAUUUAAAAUUUGUAUGCAGUUUGAAAGUGUGGUCAUUUGUGUCUAAUGCAGGGUACUGACUCUUAAACUAAGUUAUUAUAGUAUUUAGAUAUCAAUCACUUACAUUAAUUAAUUGUCUCUACAUGAAUUGAACUACAUAUACAGUAUGUUAAAAAAAUCUUAUAUUUAUAUUGCAAAAAGAAUUCUUGACAAAAAUUCAUAAAAAUCCAAAUAUUUAAUGGAAAAAAUGUUUGCAUAAUGGAAACCUUAAAUGAAUUGCCAUAUGAAAAAUGAUGGCAAGUACAUGUAUAAGCUUAUAUCAACAUAUUUCUUCUAUCUUCUUGUACGGCUGAUAAACUUGCAUGAAUGGUAUCUUUGUUUUUACCGAUUCUGUUUGCUGUGCUUGAGACAAGAUUAGAUUUUUUGGUUGGGGGGUACAGGAUUAGAAUGAAUGUUUUCUAUAAUUUGACAAUUUUUUGUACAGUGUGUAUAUUUAUCAUUUUGUCUUUGCAUCAAAGAUAUAGUGUGGUCAAAGGCUUUGCAUAAUUAACAUUACUGUAUCUGGUUUGUUACACUCAAAAUGCUUAGAGUACAUGUACCAGUAAUACGUAUAUAGUCAUCAGAUUUUUAUCACCCAUCAAAAGGGUAGGGGGUAUUAAUUGGGGUCUUUCCUUUCUUCUGCCUUUCAUACAAUCUGUUUGUAAUUGUUAAGUUUUCACAGAACAUUUCUUAUAAUGCUUUAGCUUUUGCAAUGAAAUACAAGUCCCUCAGACUUAAAGAAGACCCCUAUUGAUUUGAGGUCAUAGGUCAAUGUCAGAAAUAAUACAAAUGUAUUUGCAUGGCAUAAAAUGGCUUUCAGAUGUAAAUCUACCUAAAUAAUCUAUAAAAUCAGAUUAUGACCCUUAAGACCCUGAUUAACUUUAGGGCCAACUGUGAAAGAUUUAGAUUCAGUUACAAAGGUCUUCAACUAAACCAUGGCCCCUAUUGAUUUUGAGGUGAAGGGGCCAAGGGUCAAAUGACAAAUUUUAUAAUAGUAGAUUGUUACAUAUAAUCUUGAUAAAAUCACAAACUGCUUUCCUUCAACAGGGACAAAAAUUCUCCUGGUUUAGCUUUUUUCUCAGAAAAACUUCACAUCAACAAUACAAAAUCAAAUAUUUUGUAUUAAUUUAUUGAGAAAUCAUUAAUAUUCUCCUCAUCCUAUCUCCAUUCCUGACACAUAACUUGAUCUAAUGAUACAUUGCUUUGUUAAUUUAAGUACAAACUUCUUGUAGGAAACAAGUAUAUAUUUUACAAUAUGCAAAUUGAAAUUAUGCAUAACAUAUGAAUGUUCAGUAUUGUUAAAAAAAUUUAAGUUUUUAAAUUCAAAACAUUCUUUUGUUCCUCAUUAAUUCUAAUAAUGAAAAUUAUAAAAUUCAAAGAAAAAAAAUCAUGUACAGGAGUACAAGCUAAUGAUUUGGUAGGUUACCAUGAUUUUAUUGCAAAACAAAGAAGUAUAAAGUAUUAUGCUAAAGUAAUCCUAUGUUCAGAGAAAUAUU